CUUCCCCACUGACAAAGUCCGCAGCCAUGGCAAUGCAGAAGAUUUUUGCAAGAGAAAUCCUAGAUUCUAGGGGGAACCCCACAGUGGAGGUGGAUCUAUACACAGCCAAAGGCCGAUUCAGAGCUGCUGUACCCAGUGGGGCCUCCACUGGGAUUUAUGAAGCUCUGGAGCUGAGAGAUGGAGAUAAAAGCAGAUACCUGGGGAAAGGAGUGCUGAAGGCUGUGGAACACAUCAAUAAGACUUUGGCCCCUGCUUUACUGGAGAAGAAAUUGAGUGUUGUGGAUCAAGAAAAAGUUGAUAAAUUCAUGAUUGAACUUGAUGGGACAGAGAACAAAUCCAAGUUUGGGGCCAAUGCCAUCCUGGGUGUGUCUCUGGCUGUGUGUAAGGCAGGAGCAGCAGAGAAGGGAGUCCCCCUCUACAGACACAUCGCAGAUCUUGCUGGGAAUCCAGACCUUGUGCUGCCAGUACCGGCCUUCAAUGUAAUCAAUGGGGGAUCCCAUGCUGGAAACAAGUUGGCCAUGCAGGAGUUCAUGAUCCUGCCUGUGGGGGCUGCAUCGUUCAGAGAGGCGAUGCGUAUUGGGGCUGAAGUCUACCACCAUCUAAAGGGUGUCAUCAAGGCUAAGUAUGGGAAGGAUGCCACAAAUGUAGGCGAUGAGGGUGGGUUUGCCCCCAACAUCUUGGAGAACAAUGAAGCCUUGGAGUUGCUGAAAACAGCCAUCCAGGCAGCUGGUUACCCAGACAAGGUUGUGAUCGGCAUGGAUGUUGCUGCCUCUGAGUUCUAUAGAAGUGGGAAAUAUGAUCUUGACUUCAAAUCCCCCGAUGAUCCUGCCCGAUACAUCUCUGGGGAGAAGCUAGGGGAGCUAUAUAAGAGCUUCAUUAAGAACUACCCUGUGGUUUCCAUUGAGGACCCCUUUGACCAGGAUGACUGGGCCACAUGGACUUCAUUUCUUUCUGGAGUUAACAUCCAGAUUGUGGGUGAUGACCUCACUGUCACCAACCCCAAGCGCAUUGCCCAAGCUGUAGAAAAGCGAGCCUGUAACUGCCUCUUACUGAAAGUCAACCAGAUUGGCUCUGUCACUGAAUCCAUCCAGGCUUGCAAACUGGCACAGACUAAUGGCUGGGGAGUGAUGGUUAGCCACCGAUCUGGAGAAACAGAAGACACCUUCAUAGCUGAUCUGGUGGUGGGACUCUGCACUGGCCAGAUCAAGACCGGGGCCCCCUGCCGUUCUGAGCGGCUGGCCAAAUACAACCAGCUCAUGAGGAUUGAGGAGGCUCUUGGAGACAAGGCUGUCUUUGCUGGGCGGAAGUUCCGUAACCCCAAGGCCAAGUAAAUGGAGGGCGCCAUGUCGUAGAUCAACAGAGGCAUCUGAGUUCAUCACCAUCUCAACCACUCCUCUCAAUAAAGCACUUUGGACAGCAAGAAUGACUAGGGCGUAGUGGUUUGGGAUCAGAAAAGGACAUCUUAGUCUCAGGGAGGGGACAGGAGAAAGGGACAUCCCUAUUGAAAAAAGAGUAGCAGCACUGUGGAAUAAAAACACCACAGACUUGUAGGCAGCAGACAUGAGGGUGAAGGUCUAUAUGACCUUCCCCUUUUUCAGUCUGUUUCCUCAUUUAUUAAAUGGAGGUAAUAAUAUUUGUACCAUCCACCUCCUGGGGCUGUUGUGAUAAUCAAAUGAGAUGACAGAUGUGAAGUCACUUUGUAAAUCAAAGCCCCUGCAUAAAUGUCAGCUACUACUAGUAGUAGAUGACCAUUGGGGAAAGAAAGAGAAAAUGAAAGCUGGUCAGAGAGGAAGUUUGGGCUGAGCUAUAGAAAGGAGACACAAUAUAAAAACAUCAUGGGGUGGAGGGAGGAGAGAGACAAAACCCUGAGAGCAGAAGUUGCUGGAAAAGGUCAAAGAAGUGAAGCCUCCCAGUAGGGUAGAGUGGAGACGGUGGCAGCUGUAUUUUAAACAGCUGUGAGGGGAAGAAAAUUUGGAUCAGAUUUGACCAAAACAAACCAAAUUGAUUUUGAGAGGUACAUCGGGUACAGCAGCAAAAGAGGCUUGAAGGUUCUAGGCCCAGCUCUUGCCAUUAACUCACCAUGUGACCAUGGGCAAGUCAACUUUACCUCUCUGGGGCUCACUUUUCCCACCUGUUAAAUAAGGGAAUGCAAGGUUUUUUUGGCUCUAAAAAUUCUAAUUCCAAGGUCUGAUCCUCCCCCAAAAGCAAACAUCCUUGUCCCAGGGUCCAUGACUUUCUUCACACUCAAGUCACUCCCAGCAAGGAUUCAGUUAUCUGGUUUGCCCCACGCACAAACCAGCACAUGGGGUCAAAGUGUUUAUUGAGCAUAAAGUUACUUUAGCCUUGAGGGAAGAGAAAUACCCCCAGGAAAAGGGAGGAUAAUAUAGAUUAAAUAUUCACUCUUACAUUCUGUCACACAUCUUUUGGGGGAAAUUGGAAGGAGAUUCACUCAACUACCCCAUAUAACCAACAUUUAAAAAA